AUGGAUUUUCACUAUUGCAAAGUUGUCUGGAUUGUACUAAUUAUAGCAAUAACUAAAGUGACUACCGACGAUGUUGGUGAAAUUUUGAAAACGAAGGACAGCGUAAGACCCGUGGAAUGUGUCCAGAUGAAAACUCCUGACUUAGUCCAACCAUUACUCUGCAUGAUCUUCCGUCCUCAGUGCCUGAACAGCCACGUGGUGUUUCCAUCACAAGAAAUGUGCCAGAGGAUAGAAGAGCCUUGCAGGAUCGUCUUCGACGAACUCAUCUGGCCCGAGUUUAUAAACUGCAGCAACAGGGAUCUCUUUCCUCAGCUGGACAACCAGCCGCACUUGCCAGUAGACUUUGACUCUUCAAGUUCCUGCUUAGCACCGCUAGUGCGGACCAACGACGCCCGCGUGACAGUAGAGGGACUAGAAGGCUGCGGGUUUCCUUGUAAGAACGCUCUCUUCAGCGAAUCUGAACAUAAAAAGACCCACCAGCUGAUCUUAUGGUCAGCCAUCAUCUGCUCUUGCUUCAACUUAGCAGCUAUCUUGACCUUCCUGAUCAACUGGACAGCUGGAAGCCAUUCUGACCGGGCUAUCUUCUACAUCAACUUCUGCUUCUUGGCUUCUUGCAUCGGGUGGCUGCUCCAAUUCACUGGCAUCAGGGAAGCCAUUGUCUGCCGCCCGGAUAACACUCCAAGAAUUGCUGAGCCUGCUGGAGACAGUUCAGCUUGCAUUGCGGUGUUUAUUUUAAUUUAUUUCUCUCUUCUAGCUGCUAUGAUCUGGUUCGGAAUCCUCGUGUUUAUCUGGUUCAUGAGGUUCGACGAGACUGCGCAGAAAAAGUAUGAUAUCAAGUCUCUCUUGUUCCAUCUUACUGCUUGGGGGAUUCCCGCUUUUUCUACGUUUAUGAUUGUUAAGUUCUUGAAGAUUAUUGAUGCAAAUAACUCUAAGUGGAGUGUGAAAACUCCAACAGAAGAGAAAAAGUCCAAUCGUAUGCCAAUUACAAGAAUAUUAUAUUUGUCGCUUCCCGUAUUACUGACAAUUAUUGUAGCAUUUAUUUGCCAUCUAUGGGAAGGAAUAAAAUCGCCGGAACACAUUGAGGACUUUAAAAAUUAUAUCAUAUGCUCAGUUUUAAACAGAAUGACAGAGUUGAUAAGAAGUAAUCUCAAAAUGGAGUCCAAGUGUAAAUUAAAAUCCAGCCCAGAUGUUAUCAAACUCCAUUUGCAAAUUUUGACACAUUUUUUCGCGGGUAUUUUUAUGUCGCUGUUUGUUUGUGAGAAGCGCUCGCUUAAUUUGUGGAUAAGUUUCUUCCGGCGAAUAUUUAGAAGAAAAUCAAAAAAAGAAGGAAGUCCUGACGACGGAACGGAAGGUCAGGAAAUGUUACCUCUGAGAAAUAGAUUUAAUAUAUAG